UCCCUCGUCACUUUACUGGAAUAAGCGCUUCUUGAAAGAGUUCAGGAAAGCGCCAGCAAAAAGCGCAACUGGUUUACACUUAAACCUCGAAGUGAUUUCUUUGACACAUGUUUCCGUUAAUUGUAAGCUGAGCAGAGAUCUGAGAGGGUUUGUAUUGGUUUAAUCUUCUGGAUGCAGUGAUGGAGAAGGGGAACACGAGACCGUCGUGGGACAAUCCCAUGCAGUUCGUCCUCGCCUGUGUGUCCUAUGCGGUGGGACUGGGAAACGUGUGGCGUUUUCCAUAUCUCUGUCAAAUGCACGGAGGAGGUGGAUUCCUGAUACCCUACCUGAUCAUGCUGGUCCUGGAGGGGCUUCCCCUCUUCUGCAUGGAGUUAGCCAUUGGCCAGAGAAUGCGCCUAGGCAGUAUUGGGGCUUGGAGCGCCAUCAGCCCCUAUCUGGGGGGUGUGGGCAUUGCAAGUGUGGUCACCUCAAUAUAUCUCUGCUUGUACUACAAUGUGAUCAACGCUUGGUCCUUCUGGUACCUCUUUCAUUCGUUUCAGGCUGUACUCCCCUGGGCCCAUUGCCCAGCAAACACCAACCUGACAGGCCACCUGGAGGAAUGUGAAGCGGCCACACCCACCCAGUACUUCUUCUACAGAGAGACCCUGAACAUCAGCCCCACCAUUAACGACGGCGGUGGCAUGCACAUGGGCCAGGCGCUCUGCCUCCUGCUGGCCUGGAUGCUCGUCUACAUCUGCAUUGUGCGUGGGGUGGCAUCUACGGGAAAGGUGGUCUACUUCACGGCCAGUUUCCCCUACCUGGUGCUGUUCAUCUACUUGAUCCGAGGGGUAACCCUGCACGGAGCCGUUAAUGGUCUGAAGUACAUGUUCACGCCCAAGCUGGAGCAGUUAGCAAACCCUACGACGUGGAUCAACGCCGCCACGCAAAUCUUCUUCUCCCUGGGCCUUGGCUUCGGCUCCCUCAUUGCCUUCGCCAGCUACAACAACCACAACAACAACUUCGAGCGCCAGGCCAUUGCUGUGUCCCUCAUCAACAGUGGCACCUCCAUCUUUGCCAGCGUGGUAACUUUCUCCAUCUAUGGCUUCAAGGCCACCUUCAACUACGAAGCCUGCUUGGGGAGACUGCGUUUGCUGCUGUUAAACACAUUUGACUUGGGCGAAGAUGCGAUCAGUGUGGACAAUGUGACCUUUUGGGUCACAGAGCUAAACCAAACAUACCCAGACCGGUUUGCUACGUUGUCCAACAAGCUGGAAAUCUGCAGCCUGGAGACUGAACUGGACACAGCGGUGGAAGGAACAGGCUUGGCCUUCAUCGUGUACAGCGAGGCCAUCAAGAACAUGCCGGUGCCUCAGCUGUGGUCUGUGCUCUACUUCUCCAUGCUGCUCAUGCUUGGCCUGGGAAGCAUGCUGGGAAACGUGACGGCCAUCACCACUCCGCUGUGUGACAUCCGCUUCCUGUCCCGCCACCUCAGCAACGAGACCCUGAACGGCCUCGUCUGCCUCUUCUGCCUCCUUCUUGGCCUUGGCUUCACCACCCGCUCAGGGAAUUACUGGCUCACCAUGUUCAAUGACUACGGCGCCACCUUGUCGUUGCUCUUCAUCGUGAGUGUAUUAUAGUAAGUUGUUGGCCUGAUACAUCUUGACAGGUUUGAAAAUGACAUUGAAGACAUGAUUGGCCAUCGACCCAACUGGUACUGGAAGAUUGUGUGGGCAGGCGUGGGUCCCAUCCUUAUCAUUGGCUUGUUCAUCUUCUACAUCAUCAUUUACAUCAUGGGGGGAACGCCCACCUACCAGGCCUGGGAUAAAGAUCUGGGGCGUGCAGUGACCACAAAGUACCCGGCAUUUGCCCAGGUCUUCAUCGGCCUGCUUCUGGCAUCAUCCCUCAGCUGCAUCCCAAUUGGCGCGCUCUACACCUUCUGCGUGCGGCGCCGGCAGCGUCGGAAGGUGCCGAGACAAGGCGUCAUCAGGACCACGAGUAGCUAAGGAGACGCCCAAGUGUGCAUGUUUGCCCCCCUCCCCACUGGAUGAGGCCGCUGUCACCGGACUGUCUCUCCAUUCCCUUAAAUCCCCUCACAGACAUGCCCAGCUACCUGGAGUCGCUGAGACAUUAUCUGUGUUUAAAAUUGCAGAUUUUGAGAAAUUUCAUAAUUUCAUACAAUGUUAUCCUUGCACAACCAAAUCAACAUCUUUUAAAGUUUUAUAUGGGGAAGAUAUUAUAUGCAGGGAUUGACAUAACUGCUACGCAAGUACAAAUUUGCCAUAUAAAGGAUAAAAUACAUGUUCAUUUCUUCUCAAAGCAGCACAGAUACAAAUAAAAUUAGUACACAUUUGUGCUGUUACAACAUGAAAUUGUUGCACAUAUCACUUUAUAUGGCAAAUGCAUAUCUGCAUAUCAGUUAUAUCAAUCUCUGAUUAUAUGGUAUAUGAUACUAUACUUUUGAAAUAGAUUCCACGUGUAUAGCAUCAAUAAUGUAACUAAUGUAAAACAGAGGCAUUCAAACUGUGGGGUGUGCCCCCCUGACUGGGAGUGAAGGAACUGUGGGGGAGGGGGCACUGGGGGCACUGGUCUGGGGGAAAUUUAAACAGGACUGAGCGGAGGGGUGCUGAUCGGGGGGGGGGGUUGAUCUAUUUUGAGAUUGAAAUUGCAACCUUCAUGAACACAUUGUAUGCCUAUACACAUUAUAUGAUGCUAAUAAAGUAAUUAAAAUGCGUAACAGGUACCACAUGCUGAAUACAUUGAACUGUUAUGACUAGAAAUGUAACAUGUGUACACAUGUUACAGUGGGAAAGUUGCUCAGUUAAUGCUGACAUGUUAAUGCUGGGAAUUUCUAGCUGCUAGUCAUGUUAAAAUGUGAUGGCAAAGUAGAAACAGAAGACAGGACAACAUAUAUGUGGAAUGUAUCAGCCCUAGGGGGGCCUGUCAAAAAAAAAUGAAUAGCACUGAUGUUAAGCACAGGCACCACUUCACAGCAGUUCUGGAGCUGGACUGGGGGAGGUGGUGGUGUUGUGGGGGGAGUUAAUGAGCUGGAAGACAAAUGGAGAAUAAACCGAAGGUAAUGUCUUUGGAGAGAGAA